GACAUGAUGAAGCUGAUGGAGGAGGAGAGCAAUGCAUCGCUGAGAGUGCAGAACUGGCAGCGUCAUCUGGAGAAAUACAAAGACCCUGAGUUCCUCCCACAGCUCAAUCUGUACAAUCUGGUCUGGGAGGUGAGCAACAGUUUGAAGAAGAGGGACAUUGAGUUUGAGGCACGACAGUUCCUCGAGUCUCCAAAGACCAUUCCUCCUCAGUUCAGAGAUCCCAGGAUCAUCAGUUUUGCUCAGGAGUUCUCCAGCAUCCUGAAGGAGCAGCAGAAGCAGCCCCUCACCUCCAAACGCCUGAGCCCACCAAAGGUGGUGCUGCAGGUGGUGCCUAAGGUCCUUCAGGGCUUCUGGUUGCCUCCUGAAGACACCUGCCUGAACAUGCCGUCUCAGCACCUCAGUGUUCUGGCUGUUAGCCUGACCCAAGCAGUUGAUGACAAGGUCUCCAAACUUCUGCCCUCACUGCUCCAUGAAGUCAGCUUCACCCGCUCCACCAGGGACAAACUAGUCAAGUCGAUCCAGGACAGUGUUAGACGGAGCUUCACUCGCCUCGUCCUGAUGGAGAAGAUUAGCUGCUUUGCAGUAGAUCUGAUGAAUUCCAUCACCACCAUUGCAUCAAAUAACAUCUGUGAGCUGUUUCAGCUAUAGAUUUCAACAAAGGAGCCAAACACUGUUGCUGAAGAGGUGAAGAAGGAGCCUCAUCAGGAGUCAGCAUUCACUCCUCCACCACCAGCUCCUCCUGUGACUCAUCCUGCUGAGCCUGCUGUGGUC